GUAUGGAUGAACUCUACUCCGGUGGCGGGCGGUGCGAUGGUAAAAUGAGAUGAUGGUAUCAUCUCAAACAAACAAAUUACGUUGCACAUUACCAAUUAAUUGCCGCAAUCGCUAACCCAACUUUUCCACCUCAAAUCUGAAGGUAGCAUUCUUGUAGAUUUGAUUGAGUCACGAUCGUCUUAGGUCAUCAUGAAGCUUAAGUAUUAAAAAUAUUUAAUAAAUAAAAUACUUAAUUUAUGGCUUCGUUUUAUUGUUCUAAACGCUAUAACAAAAUAUUAUACGCCAUAAGCGCAUAAUACGUAUCGCAUUUUAAAAACACUAUAAUAAAAAAAGAAACUUACUGAAUCAACAUUUAUUUCACACGCGUCCUGUUAAGGAAACGGACGUCUAACAAGUAAACGAUGCUGUGCCACACACUCAUUCUGGUGCUGGCUGCAGGCCUGACCAGUUGCGACGUGUCUCACCUCGAGACGACCACGCCUGACCCUCCACCGAAGCCCUACGUGUUCUCCUAUACUGCUGGACGAUUCCCCGGACACGUUGACAGGGAACACACCGAAGUCAGUGACGGCAGCGGAGUCGUGAGAGGAAAAUUCGCGUACGUCGACCCACGUCACAAGGUUCGGACAGUGGACUACGUGGCUGACAAGGAAGGCUUCCAUCCGAUACUGAGCGACGUGCCUCCAGAGCACCCAGCUGACUCUGAAUCCGUUGCCUUGGCUAAAGACAGGCACUUCCAGCUAUACUCCAAGAUUGCUGAAGAGCACGCCCAACAUCCACAUCCUUAUGAAACCAGCGUUCCUCGUCAAUCAGCCGCCGUCGCCGAAGCCACCUUGAAGCACUCUGAGCUUUUCCGCGUUAUCGCCGAGCAGCACGCGAGGAUCGCGGCGGAGAGAGAGGCUCUCAUCAGGGAGGAAGAAGAGAAACAGCACCUGCAGGAACUUGAACAGUAGACCGAUUCGAGAAGACCCAAAGAACUUUUCGAUAGUUCAAUUUCAAUUUAAUCAAAACAAAAUAGAAUAAUCAGAUUUUUCGUAAUCUCAAUAAUUAUGAUACUAACUCGUCAUGUUACGCAAUUCAUCAAUGAUUCUCUUCGCAAAUGUACGUAGUAUGUAGUCAUACAAUUUCGCGUCCUGGUGAAACUGGAAAGGUCUCCGGGCCACAAGUAAUCCUUCAAUCAUAAACAAAACCGUUUCGCUUUGGAAGUUUUCACUUAAUUACCCUGAAAGUGAAUUAUUAGUAGCAAGAACCAUGUUCCCGUGGAUUCUUUUAAGAAGGCUUUCAAUACAUUAUUAAAAUCUAUCAGUAUCGGUUACACGCUUAGUAAGGUUGGCUUCAUAAGAAUUUCUGCCAAGAAGCCAUCUUGGACGGCAGACUUGUCCAAAAAGGCUAAUAAUGCUUUUACAAAAUACACCUCUUGCUAUUGUCAAAUACAUUUCACUUUCAAGUAAUUUUGAGUAGACUAUUUUUAAAUUGUUUUAGAGAGGAUGAAUUCAAUUUCGUAUCAAUCUUAGUAACUAUGAACCGAUUGAAAUUAAUAUUUACUUAAAUAUAUAUUUAUUACUAGCUGACUCGGCAGACUUCGUAGUGCCUCAAUCGAUAAAUAAAAGACCUAAACUUUUGUAUAAAAUAAACUUAAAACAAACAAAAGGAAUCCGUCCGACGGGGGACACAUCAAAGGAAAAACAAAAUUGUUAUUUUUAUUUAAUGCCGAGCAUUUUCAUAUUUAUCUACCGCUUAAACCUUCUCUGGCCUUCCACAAAAAAUUCAAGACCAAAAUUAGCCAAAUCGGUCCAGCCGUUCUCGAGUUUUAAGCGAGACUAACGAACAGCAAUUCAUUUUUAUAUAUAUAGAUUAGUAUUUGUAUAUUAGGUCAUUAUUGGAUUGUUUAGCGUUUAAGAUUCAACUGUAAUACUCUAAAAUGCCAUAUAUCGUUUCGUAUUUUAGUCGAGCUAGUAUUUAUGAUUUUUUUAUUGUAUUCUUUUUUUUUGCAUUUUCAUGAAAUUCUCCUGUCGAAAAGUCAAUAAAUGACGUUGAUUGU